UCUUCCUCAUUCUCAUUUCUCAUUUCUCACUUCUCAUUCCCCUCACUACCCUUCAUUUCCACUCCCAAAAAAAAAAAAAUGAAAAAAGCCACAACCAUUAUUAUUUCAUCAUUUACAAUCCACAUUCUUCUCCUUGUUUCCAUUCCCUUAACAUCAUCACAAUCAAAUGAAAACACAACUAUAGUAGAUCAAAUAUGCAAAAAAACACCCUUUUAUGAUCUAUGUAGUUCAAUUCUAAAUUCAAACCCACUUACACCAAAAACCGAUCUAAAAACCAUAGCAAUAGUAAUGGUAAAAAACAUUCUCUCAAAUGCAACUGACACAUUAAAUUACAUUGAAGGGUUAAUCAAGAAAACUUCAGAUCGUGGAAUGGAACAAGCAUUAGCAUUUUGUGCUGAAUCAUAUAUCCCAGUUGUGAAAUACACUCUUCCUCAAGCUACUGAUGCUAUAAAUCAAAAUCGGUUUGCUUUUGCUAGUUAUUGUGUUAAUGAUGCUGUUAAAGAAAUUAAUUCUUGUAAUAAGAAAUUUUCUGGGUUGACUUUGGUGUCACCUUUAGGGGAUAGAAAUGGUAUUGUUCAAAAGCUUGUUGAUGUUGCUUCUGCUAUUAUUAAACAACUAUUGAAGGGUUGAUUUGUAAUUUUACACCCUUCAGUCAUACUACCCUCUUUUCUAUA